GCCAGAGCCAUGACAUCAGAAAGAGCGAUGUGAAGGUCUGGGGUGUGAAUGUUUCGCGUUCUGUGAGCGUUCCCUUCGUAACUGCAGGAGACAAGGAAACAUUUCCUGCCCCUUUGAGAACCACAAACAGACUAAAUAAAAAGUAAUAGUGUGGAGCUGGAGGAGCACAACAGGCCUGGCAGCAUCAGAGAAGCAGGAAAGCUGACGUUUCGGCUAAUACUGCUAAAGAAGCAGAUUAUUUGGUCUGUCAUCGCUUUGAUAUUUCUGGAAAGUUAUUUCAAACCAGAGAAAAAAAAGUUUGCCAAUGGAGGAAGUGCAACCACCAGCUGUAGCCACAUUAGCUUUCACCAGCUUAAACUGUUCCUGAAGGAAGGAGAUGGUUCCGUUCUGGUGACAGGACUUCUUUAACAGGGGACUUGUUUUGUGAGAACAAUGUGUAGGCUGUUUCUCAUUGAACCUGUUAUUGCCCUAUACACUCUGCCUAACAUGGCAGAUGAACUCUUAAUGCAGCAGUAUAUUUAUCGCAGGAUAUGGACAAGGGAAACUAACAGCAGCUAUGUUGGGAAUGAAACUAUUUCUUACUGCUACCAGAACCACAGUGACCCUGUGUACAUCCAACAAGAGGUUGUCCAGGGAUUAUCAUCUCACUUCUUUCUGUACAUGACUUUGAUUCAGUUCCUACCCAACCUCAUCGUUAGCUUCAUAUUGGGCUCAUACAGUGAUCAAUAUGGACGCAGAAUAACUCUUCUCCUCCCCUCUAUCGGGGCUCUGAUUACCAGCUUGUCUUUUUUAGCCAUGACCUAUUUUUCUUGGCCUAUUUAUUUUCUUUUUAUACCCACUGCACUAAGUGCAUGUUUUGGUGGCUUCACAACUAUGUUUGGAGGAGCUUUUGCCUAUGUGGCAGAUGUGAGCUCGAGUGAGCACAAAAACAUGCGCAUGGCAUUGCUGGACAUGAUUGUUGGCCUAAUGGGUGGCAUAGGGAUGCUAACAUCUGGACACUUAUUAAACGCUUUAAGCUUUAAUUGGUUAUUCUUGAUUGCCUCAUUGAUUAAUUUUGCCAAUAUCAUGUAUAUUAUCUUUUUCCUUGAAGAGAGCGUCCAAGUGUCAAGAAAUGGGCAAAACAAAGGAUCAGGCUGCGGAAAAUUCCAAGAAAUAUUCACUGGAAUUAAAAAUCUAUAUAUUAGUUCUAAUUUUAGCAGUCGUGUUCAACUUGGCCUCAUGCUUCUUGCUUUUUCAACCUAUGCACUUGCUUCAUUUGGUUCUGGUGGGCUUUUUACGCUUUAUGAAUUGAAUGCGCCUCUUUGUUGGAAUGCGGUGCUUAUUGGAUAUGGCUCUGCAACUGGACUAAUUUCAUUUCUUACAAGUUUUCUGGGAGUGACUGUAUUUUCCCGUUUUCUUCAAGACCAUUUUAUAGUUCUUAUUGGGAUAUUAUCCCUUGCUGGAGGAAUGAUCAUGACUAUCUUUGCCAAGACUACACUGUUCAUGUUUCUGGUGAGACUGGUUUUUCUGUUUGCCAUCAUGCCACUUCCUGUCCUACGAUCAAUGAUGUCGAAGUUAGUCUCACCUCAGGAUCAAGGUGUUCUCUUUGCCUGUGUUGCCUGUCUUGAAAAUUUAAGUGCUACUGUUUCCUCCAUAGUUUUCAAUACUGUUUAUGCUGCCACCGUACAAAGCUUUACAGGCUUCAGUUUUUUGCUGGGAGCAUGUUUAUGCCUGAUUCCAUUUUGUAUUUUGUGUUUCUUAUUCUGGUGGAAGCCUCAAGAGGAAAGUUACACUGGACUGCUGACCAAUGAAAGCAUCAGUUAGUUCUCAUGCAAGCUUUCAUUUACUUUAGAUUGCAGUGAAGUUACAUUUUCAAAGCCUCUCCGUGUGCCGAUCUAUUUGCUUGAUCCUGUUAUACAAAAAUGGGAAGAGUACGCAGCUCUGCAGUAGUUCAAAACUGAGAUUUGGAGCAAUACCAUUAGUGUCAGAAAGUAUCUAAUAUGUAUUCAUUGCAAUCCAAUCUGAUUCAUUUAGCACUAUCCCUUUUAGAAAGUAUAUGAAAUUAAGGUUUCAGAGUAGAUUUGUACAUGAAAUUGCUGAGACAUCAUAAUUAAAGUGUGACCAAAAGCAAAAUGUUACAAAUGUUGGAAAUCUCAAACCAAAACUGCAAUAAGGAGAGAGGAUAUUUUGGAAGGGUCCUCAAACAAGUCUUUUUGGGUAGAUCUUCGGAAUGUUAAGAAGGCAGCUACUUUAAGAAUGUUCGAGAAGACUGUUACUUUUAAGAAUGUUAAGAAGGCAGUGUAUUAUAGGCCUCCAGUGGGAAAUAGGAGCAAAUAUGUAGACAGUUUACAGAGAUGUGUAAGAGUAGUAGUCAGGUAAUUAUGUGAGAUGAUUUCAACUUUCCCAACGUAAUUUGGGAUCAUCAUAGUGUUAAUGAUUUAGAGUGGGUGAAAUUCUUGAAGUGUUCCCAGAGGACCUUUUGUAUCAAUACAUCGAAGGCCAACAAGGGAUGGUGCAAUUCUGGAUCUGGUUCCAGGAUAAGAAGCCAGACAAGUGUUAAAUGUGGCACUGGGGGAGGAUUUAGGUGAUAGCAACCACAACACGGUACAGUUCUUAGUUGUUCUGCACAAGGAAAAAGAUGACCUGCAAAAGACAGCUUUUGAUUGAGGGAGAUAAUGCGAACUGCAGAUGCUGGAGAAUCCAAGAUGAAGGGUCUAGGCCCGAAAUGUCAGCUUUUGUGCUCCUGAGAUGCUGCGUGGCCUGCUGUGUUCAUCCAGCUCCACACUUUGUUAUUUUAGAUUGAGGGAGGGCAGGUUUUAUUUUUUUUAAAAAGCGGGAUCUGACCACAGUUGACUGGAAACAGCUUCUUGUGAGUAAGUCGACAGUUUAGCAAUGGGAGGCAGCCAAAAUGGAGCUGGGGGAGAGAAGAGGUCCCACAUGUACUCUUUAGAGGGAAAUGUAGGAGCAAUAAGUUCAGAGAACCCUGGAGAUGUAGAACAGUUCACGACUGGAUAAAGAAGAAGAGCAGGGCUUUUAGCAAACUCAAAGAGAGCAAUUCAGCUGCAGCCCUCGAACAAUACAGCAAGUGCAGGAGGGAACUUAACAGCAGUUCGAAAAGCAAAAAGGGGGCAUGAGAAAGGACUUGCAAACCGGACAAGAGAGAAUCCUAAGAUAUUUUAUAAAUACAUUUAAAGGGAAGAAGUUAACCGGGGAAAGAGCAGGGCCCAUUAGGAACCAAGGGGGCAACCUGUGUGUGAAACCACAGGAUAUCGGAAGGGUGUUGAAUGAAUACUUCUCUUUGGUCUUCAUUCUCGAAAAGGAGAACAUAGGUAUGGAAUUCAGGAAAAGGAACAGUGAAGAAAUUGCCCAGCUUGACAUUGGAAAUGGGGAGGUAUUGGAGGUUCUGCUGCACUUAAAAACAGACAGAUCCCCAGGCUUGGAUGAUUUGCAUUCAAGGCGGCUGUGGGAGGCAGGGCAGGACAUUGCAGAUGGCUCUUACGCACAUUUUUAAUUCCUCUGGCCCCAGGAGAAGUGCCAGGAGACUGGAGAAUGGCUAUUGUGGCUCCACGUUUUAAGAGAGGUGAUAGAGAUGAACCAGGAAAUUAUAGACUGGUGAGUCUCAGAUCAGUGGUAGGCCAACUAUUAGCAAAUUUCUGAAGGAGCAAAUUGGACUGGCAUGGUUUAAUUAGGGAUAGUCAGCAUCGCUUUGUCCGAAAGAGGUCAUGCCUAACAAGUUCGUUAAAAAUUUUUGAAAAUGUGAUCAAGUGUGUGGAUAAGAGAAACUCAGUUAAUGUAGUUUGUAUGGAUUUUAUCAAAGCUUUUGACAAGUCCCUUAAGGGACUGAGUAGGUUAAAGCACGUGGAACUGACAAAAACGUGAUGAAAUAAAUCAGAAACUGGCUUAGUAACAGGACGCAAAGGGGACUGGUAGAAGGCUGUUUCAGUGAGACUGAGACAGUAGUCCAUUGGCCUACUACAAGGAUUGGUCCUGAACCCUUGCUGUUUGUUAUAUACAUAAAUGAUAUAGAUGAAAAUGUUGGGGGAAUGUUAAGCAAAUUUACAGACAGCAUCAAGAUUGGUAGAGUGGCUAAAAGCAAGAAGAUGGGUGUAGGUUACAGGACAAUAUAGAUGCGUUAGUCAAAUGGGCAGACAGUAUUUUUAAAAAUUCAUUCAUGGGAUGAGGGCGUCACUGCCUAGGCAGCAUUUAUUGCCUAUCGCUAAUUACCCAGAGGACAGUUAAGAGUCAACCAUAUUGCUGUGGUUCUGGUAUCACAUGUAGACCAGACCAGGUAAGGAUGGCAGUUUCCUUCCCGAAAGGACAUUAAUGAACCAAAUGGGUUUUACCAACAAUUGACUUAAUUCCAAUUUUUUCAAUAGCAUUCAAAUUCUACUAUCUACCACGACGGGAUUCAAAUGCGGGUCCCUGGAAUGUUACCUUGGUCUCAGGAUUAACAGUACAGCAGGCAUACCACUUGGCUAUCGUCUCCGUGAUAAGUGUCAGGUGAUGCCCUUUGGAAGAAGAAACAAGAGUAGUUAAUGAAUGGCAGGACGCUGGGUAGCUUAGAAACAGAGGGAUCUUGGGGUAAUGAUUCACAGAUCUCUGAAGUCAGCAGAACCCAUGAAUAGGAUAGUCAAGGCAUAUGGGAAAUUUGCUUACUUAGUGUAUGCAGUUCUGGGUCACCUCACUCCAAGAAGGAUCUGAUAGCAUUGGAGUGGAUACAGAGGAAGUUCACCAGGGUGUUGCCUAGAAUGAAGAACCUGAGCUUUAAGGAGAGACUAGACAGGUUUGGCUUGUUCUCUUUAGAACAAAGAAGUCUACGGGGGGGUGGGUGUUGGGGGUCGCCAUGAUAGAGGUAGAUAAGAUCUUGAGAGGUAUAGACUGGGUGAAUAGAAAGCAGCUGUUCCCCUUGGUUGAGGGGGUCAAUCAUAAGAAGGUCAGAGGCAGAGAUUCAGAGGGGAUUUGGAAAAAAUAUUCACUCAGCUGGUGGUGUCAAUCUGGAAUGGUGGGAGGUUGGAAAUUUUACAACCUUUAAGAAAUGUUUGGAUGAGUACUUCAAAUAUCAUAAUAUUCAAGGAUAUGGGUAGGCACCUGAAAUUGGGAUUAGCACACUUUUACUGGUAGUUAUUUUUGUACAAACCCAGUGGAACAUAGGACCUUUUCUGCAUUGUAUGAAUCUAUGAAAAACUAGCCAGCUAUUUUCAUGGUCUUUCAUAUGGAUGUGAAGAAAUUUUCUAUGUUACAUUUUUGUUAGAAAAUGUGUUUCAGUUAAUUGUCAGAAGAAAUUGGCUGUGAGGGAGAGAUGUUCGAACACUUCAUUCAGUGUCCUGACUGAUGGGAUAAAAAUCUGUCUUUUUAAUGGGUUUGAAAUAAAAUUAAUUUCUGCAGCUUUAACCCAGUCCCAGAGUAUGAAACAACAUCUGUAUUAAUUGAAAGUAAUGAGCAGAAAUUGUCUAUUUUUUGAGAUUGCAUGGAGUCUUAAAUAAACAGGCAACUAACAAAUUAACUAAGUGUCAUCGAUGCAAAUAAGACUUAGUGAACAUUGACUUGACUCUACCAUCAAUGGGAUCAAUACCCUGAAAGAUAAUCCAACAUAAACUAGUUGCAAUGACCUUUAUUAUUUAUUCUGCUUUCUAUUUCGAUAUUACUUCCAAGUUAUUGGAAGUUAUUACUGAAAGAAUUGCAUAUUAUACCAUUGUCAAUUCACUAAUAAAUCUUUAAUUGCAAAAAUGGACUUGUAAACAACUAUAAAUACAUUACAAUUUGAAUAUUACAGAAUUUACAGUAGUAUUCAACUUGACCCAUUUAAUGUGAUUUUAGGAGAUGUAAUAUUUAAGGGGAGGCAGUAGCAGAGUGGUAAGGUCACUGGGCUAGUGAUCCAAAUCCUAGGUUAAAGUCUGGUGGAACAUGGAUAUAAAUUUGAACUCAGUAAAAACAUUUGGAAUGGAAAGGUACCUAAUGAUGACCGCUGUUGUUUGUCAUAAAAGCCUUCUGGUGAACGAAUGCCCCUUGGUCUAUGUGUACCCCCAGACCUUUGCAGUUGACUCUUAAUGUCCUCUGGGAAACUCAGGAUAGAUAAUAAGUGCUGAUCUAGCCAGUGACACCUACAUCCAAUGAACGAAUAAAAUCAAAAUUCCAAAAUGCAUUCAGGUAUACAGACUGAGCGUGAAAACAGUUUAAGCUUGAAAUUACAGGAAGUGCAAAAGAUUUUGCUCUAUGUACAAGAAUGUGCCAUAAAUUAUUUUAAAAUGUCUAAGGUCACUGGAUAGACUUCACUUGUAACGUCUUCCAAGUUCAAACGUUCACAAUUAGCCAAUUUUGAACUCAUUGCCAUACCUUAUUGUGAAUCAUGUUACUCUUUAAUUCAGCCAUCAUCAGCAUGCAUCCUUGACACAAAUAUUUAUGAAAAGCCAAGAAUAUAAAUGUGUUUCCUUGUCCAUCAUUUUCGUAAAGGAACAAAUUCCCAUAUCAGGCAUCAAAUACUGAUGUGAAUGACUGUGUCCAGCUAUGUACAGUAACACUGUUGCUCAAUUCAUUCUCCUUCAAACAUUUAUUCAGUUUUGAUUUCAAAUCCACUAUUGAAAAUGCUUUCACCAAACCACUACUAGUGUAAUCCAAAUCCUAACCAUUUAUUGUGUCAACAUGAUUGUCCUCAUGUUAAAUUGUGUUACUGUUUUGCUCUUGUUUUGGUUUACAAAAUAAAGCAAUGUUUCCUGUCUUCCAGUCCUGUGUUCUUCAGAUGUAAAGCAUUUAUUCUUUUCACGUUAUUCCUCAUUCCUAAAUAUGGUAACAAUGGUAAUAGUUUGUGACAAAAGUUGGUAAAUUUUCUUCAGAACAUAAAACAUUUGUUUUCAAGUUUGCAGUGUACCAUGUCUUAGCAAGUAACUUUAACUGUGAUUUCAAAAAUACUUUUACUUUGUGACCAAGAAAUAAACAACUAAAUUUUAGAAGUCAACUGUAUGAUUAUUAAUGUUUGAUCAGUGAACUACAAAAUUAAUAUAACUUAAAUGUGACACUAAAUAUUUCUUCAGAAUAUAUAUGUGUGCUGUUUCCAUCUUGAACUCUAACUACUUAAUUAUCUCUAUAUCAGUCUGGGGGCAGCCUGUUCUGGCUUCUGUGGCUCUGGGUAUCCACUCUUCAGUUGUUAUAAACAGUUUCUUAAUCUUCCUCUUUUAAACCUUCCACAAUUUUAGACCCUACCAUCAAAUCUUCUAGACUUCUCUGCUCUAGGCAGUACAGCUCCAGCAUCUCCAGUCUAUCUAAGUAACUCUAAUCUUUCAUCCCUGGAAUCAUUCGAAACAAUCAUUACUAUAACCUCUACACAAAACUCAAUUUUUGGGCAUGACACAAUAGGGCAAACAUUAUUCCAAGUGCUGAAGAUUAAAUUAAUAUGUUUGCUCUUGAGUGUACAUGUGCUGCAGCAUAAGUACAGGUCUAUUCCUUUUAAUUUUUUUUGAUAAAUCUUUCAUCUGAGUGUUGCCCUUGAGGAUGUGGAACAUGUAAAAUUUGGCAAAUUAUUGUUUUGGGAUGAAAGAAAAUUUAUCAUUGUGCUGAGCUAAUGUACUGCUUGAGACAAUCUUGAAGUAAUAAAAUGUGAUCUUUUGUUAGUUCCACAAAACUUGCUGAAUGUUUUCAUUUCCUCAAAUUGAUCUACUCGUGUUAAACUGUAUUGCUGUUUUGCUUAUAUUUUAGGCUCACAAAAUAAAGAAAAAGUAGUUUCCAUGU